GACAUGGAAAUAACUGAUGUCAGAGGUAACACUUUCCCAGCUAUUGAAGUGUUUGCACUAGCUAUUCAGGCGUUAAAGCAAAGUGUGAUGGAAAAGUGUUUCAAGCAGGACAUCAAGAUCAAGUCAAAUGAAAUCAAAUGGGUUUUGACUGUACCAGCAAUAUGGAAUGACAAUGCAAAAGAGUUUAUGAGAAUAAGCGCGAUAAAGGCUGGUAUCAGAGAAGACCGCCUUGUCAUUGCAUUGGAACCAGAGGUUGCAUCUAUAUAUUGUCAGCACCUCCCACCAGAUAAAAUGACAGGGGCACCUGAAGGAUUUUUUGUAGCUGAUGGAACCAAUUACUUAUUGGUUGAUUUAGGAGGUGGAACAGUUGAUAUAACCGCGCAUCACAAAAUCAAUAUCGACUAUCUGGAAGAACUUUCUCGAGCAUCAGGAGGAGCUUGUGGGGGUACUAUGGUAGACAAAGAAUUCCUGAAUUUGUUUGAGUGUAUUGUUGGGAAGAAAGUAAUGAAACAUUUACGAGAGGAACACACUACUGAUUACAUGGACUUAAUGAGAGAUUUUGAAACUAUUAAACGAAAACUAACUGGUACAUCAGAUCAUGGUAAAAUGAUAAACUUUAUUAUACCAUUGUCCCAAUUAAAUUCACUUUGUCAGCGAUUUUUGGAAAAAGACUUUGAAACUGCAAUUCAUGAUUUUUUAGAGAAGGACGGAGAAAAGAAAAACAAUGAGGGAAUUAUAAAUCAGGAAUCUGAAUUAAGUAACAAUGCAAAUGGCGGAGAGAUACCAAAGAGGCAGAUAUUAUUGAAAGGACACAAGAUGAGAGUUGAUCCAGUCAUCAUGAAAUCAUUUUUUAAAACGGCUGGCGAGACUAUUGUCAAGGAAAUUUCUAAUGUUUUACAAAAUUUAGAAAGAACUAAUCUGAAUACAAUUUUACUAGUUGGUGGAUUUUCAGAAUCCCCAUUAAUUCAAGAGAUCAUUCGGCAGAAUUUUCCCGAUAUGCACAUCAUUUCCCCAGAAGAUCCUGUCUUAGCAGUUCUGAAGGGAGCAGUUUUAUUUGGUCAUAAACCAGAUUUCAUAACAUCGCGUUUUACAAGACAUACAUAUGGUAGGCGUAUCAGGCCGCUAUUUGACGAGUUGAAGCACAAUCCAAAGAAACGAGUUAAAGGAGAAGACGGAGAUCGAUGUAGGGAUGUAUUUGAAACUUUUAUGAAAAUAAAUAAAAAAGUGCCAUUAGAUGAAGUUGUGACACUGGUUUAUCACACUGUCGAGAGUAACCAAAAAUCUGUGUCAAUUGCUAUUUACUGUACAAAUAAAGACAAAACAGACUACGUUGAUGAUGAAGGCUGCGUAAAACUUGUUGAAUUUUCUGUUCCAAUCCCGAAUCCUUCUGGGGAAAGACGAUAUGUUGACAUUGAAUUCAAGUUCGGAAUGGCGAAAUUGGAAAUUUCAGCCACCGAGAGACAAACAGGACGAAAAACCCUGCAUUACAGUUUCAUAUAAGGGAUAUUGUGGUCAUCACAAUUUUCCGAACGCUUAGAGUACAUAUGUAUAAUGUAUGGUUAAAAAAAAGUAAAGUAGUACAAAUAAAGCCUACAAAGUUUUAAUGAAACUGAUUAUUGUCAUCAUUUCAAUUUUCAUUGCAAAAGAAAUCGUAAAAAAUAAAGACUAUAAAUCUUUAAAAAGACACAGAGAAGAAUCCAUUUAA